AUGCAAGUGGGUUUCAGCUCGUUAGCCUAUGGCAUGGUGUGGCCUGACCUGUUGCUGUUGCUGUUGGAUUUCGUCAACAUGGACCCUUCACCCUUUUUGAAGACAUCUGCAUGCCUAGACUCACUGAUGUUUGCCUAUGGCAUGACCCAACCAGGUUUCAUGCCUCCUGUGUUGGAUUUCAUCCAUCUUGACUCAACCUCAUCAUCGAGGUCUCAUUCUCAAAUGGACAGCGUGUUGCCGCCCUAUGGCCUGUUUAAACCUGAUUUCUCACUUUUGGUCUUGGACUAUGCACACAUUGGACCUUCGAUUUCAUCGCAAACCUUUCUGUGUACAGAGCUUUUUCUGUUGGUCUAUGGACUGACCUGCAUUGACUCAAGUCCCUCGUUGCUUGAUUGUCUCCACAUCGGUUCCUUCCUGUCCUUACAAGGCUCCGCGCAACUGGAAAGCGCUUUGUUGGUCUAUGGCCUGAACUGGUUAGGCAGCUCCCUAUCCCUCUUGGACUUUGCCCAUCUGGACCUGGCUUUGUUGUUGAGAAGCUACUGCCACCCGGGCUCUGCGUUGUUGAUUUAUGGGGUGAUGCAUCUUGAUUUCUUGCUGCCAGUCUUGGAUUUUAUCAACUCAGGCUUUACACUUCUUCCGCAAAGUUUCCUGAGAAUGGGAUUGUCCCUUUCCAUUUAUGGCGUGAGUUGCCUUGGCUUCUCGUGUUCAGCCUUGGAUUUCUUGCAUCUGGACUUUGCUCUUUUUUCACGAUCCCUUUGUCGCCUGGGUUUGAUGCUCUUUUCGUACGGUGUCUCUCGCUUGGAGCCUGCUCCAUCUAUGCUGGAUCACGCAACCUUGGGAUCGGCGAUGCCAGUGCAAUCGCUUGUCCACCUUGAAAGCAUGGUUUCAGUCUACGGUAUUUGUAGCCUUGGCAGUUCUCUGUCGGCCCUGGACCUUGUCCACUUGGGUUUUCUGCUGUUUUUGCGUAGCUUUUUCCAACCUGAAAGUCUGAUGUUGGUUUUCGGCAUUGGAAAACCAGAGUCACUAUUGCUUGUCUUGGACUACGUCAUGACGGGAUUCCCAAUGUCAUUGAGGUCCCUUGCAUGCUCGGGCUUCAUCUUGUCCGUCUUCGGAAUCACCUGGCCAGAUUUUCUGUUGCCGUUGUCGGACCUUUGUCAAUUUGACUUCUCAUCACCUACGCGGAGCUUUGUUCGGGCAGGUCUUGUGACAUUUGCUUACGGCAUGACCUGCUCAGAAUUCACUUUUCCCUCGUUAGAUUUCAUUCAUCUGGGACCCCUGCCUUCCUUGCAAGGUCUGGUGUGUAUGGGUUCCUUCCCGUUGGUCUCUGGCCUAUCUUGGCUGGGUCCCAUCUUGCCGCUUCUGGACCCUGCAAAUCUGGACUUGACACCUUUACUGCGAGGCUUCUUGUGCUUGGAGCUCAUACUGCCUCUCUUUGGAUUGACAUGUUUGGGAUCCUUUUCAUCAGUUUCGGACUUUGUUGGACUUGGCUCCUCCUGCCCUCUGAGAUCAUUUUUGCACAUGGGUAGCCCCUCAUCUAUCUACGGCACAUCAUGCUUGGAGUUGCUGCUGUUGGUCUUGGACCUCGUUGGGCCAGGGUCGUUACUGCUGCCACAAACGUUUGCGCGUUUGGACUUUGUCCUGUUGGCCUUUGGGAUUAUGUGUAUGGACUCAUUGCCAUCAACAUCAGACCUGAUGCAGCUGGGAAGCUUCUUGUCCCUUCGUUCAUUCCUGCGUUUGGGUCUCUUGCUGUUGGUCUACGGCAUCACGACCAUGGAAAGUAUUCUGUUCACUUUGGACUUUUUAAAUGUGGAAUUUGCGCCAUCUUCGCACAGCCUCAUUCGCUUGGGUAGCCUGCUGCUGCUCUACGGAUUUGCACCCUUCCUGAAGAACUUUGGUUGUUUCGACAGCAGCCUUCCAAUCAUCUCAACGGUUCGUUUGGGCAGUUGUUCGUCAGUGAUAGAUUGCCUGCACUUUGAUCUUACCCUGUCACUUCACAGCUUCGUUCACCUGGGAUUUUUGCUGUUCCUCUUUGGCAUGAGUCGCCUGGGUUUUUCGACCUCAGCUUUGGACUUUGCAAUGGUGGGUUCAGCUCUAUCCCUUAGAUCAUACAUGCGACUUGACCUUUCUCUCUUGGUCUAUGGAAUCCAACGGUUGGACCCAAGUCUCUCAGUGCUGGACCAUGUGCAAUUGGACUUGCCAAUGCCCUUGCACUCCCCCAUUCGUUUGGGAAGCAUCUUGUCGGUCUACGGCUUGACACGAAUCGGCUUGUCGUUGUUGACCUCAGACUUCAUUCACCUGGACUCACUGUUGUUCCUGCAGACACUCCUGCGCACCGGUUCAGCCCCAUCGGUCUAUGGUGUUUGUCGCCCGGAGUUCAUGUCGUUGCUGCCCGACUGCACCCACCCCGGAUCUGCCACCUCACCCAGAAGCCUUGCCCGGCCUGGGCCGCCCUUGUUGGUUUAUGGCAUGUCCACUUUGGAGCUGCUGCUGUUGCUGCUGUUGUCCAUGUUGGUUUUUGGCUUAUCGCGGUCAGAGCCUCCUUUGUCUGUUCUGGAUCCUGUGAAUCUGGGAUUCUCCAUGUCACUGCACAGUUCCAUCUAUGCUGGCUCCCUCCUGCCAGUCUAUGGUUUGUCGCACCUGGGCUUUUCAACACCAGCGUUAGACCUUGUGAACUCGGGCCUGCCUCCGCUUUUUCCUGCUGUUACGGACUUCUAUGCACAUCGAACUAUCGGCCCAGUGUUGUUGCUGCAAACCUCCCAUCGUGUCGGCCUGGUGUCGUUGGUCUAUGGGGUGUCAUGCUUGGGGCCAAAUCUGUUGAUUCUGGACUCCGUGAGCAUGGGAUCAGGAUUGUUUCUGCGGGGCUCCUGUCAACUUGAGUUCUCGCUAUCAGCCUAUGGUAUCAGCUGUUUGGGUUCCUCGUUGCCAGCCUUGGACUAUGUUUGUUUGGGCUUAACUAUAUUGCCACAAUCAAUGGCUUGGUUGGGCAGUCCUUUGUCAACCUGGGGAUUGACUCGCUUAGAACUAUUGAUUUUUGCUUUGGACCUUGGAAAUUUUGAAUCCUUGGUGCUGGCACAAAAUUUCUUCCGCACUGAUCUUUCACCUUUGGUCUAUGGCAUCUGUUGCUUGGGCCUCUCACCGUUGUUGUUGGAUCCCAUUCAGCCUGGCCUGUUGAUGUUGUCGCAGCACCUUAUUUGGCUUGGUAGCGCUCCAUCAGCCUUUGGCAUGUCGCGCCCUGAACUGCCGCCACCGGCGUUGGAUUUGGUGCACAUCGAGCCGUCCUUGUUGUUGCGGGGCUCCUUCCAAAUGGACAGUGCACUGCUGGUCUUUGGCUUGGCCUGGCUGGAAAGCUCCCCUUCAGCACCUGAUUUUGUGCAUGUGGACAGCUCGUUGCUCUUGAAAUCUUUCUCAAAGCUGGGAUUCAGCACCUCAAUCUAUGGAAUUUCAAAGCUGGCAUCUCUGCUUUCAGCCUUGGAUCUUGUGGUUCCGGGGUCGACACCUCUGCUCCAAAGUUCAUUCUGCCCAGACCUUUCCCUUCCAGCAUUCGGCAUGAGUUGCCCGGACUUCUUCCUGUUGGCCUUAGACUAUGUUCAGUUUGAGUUUCCCUUGCCUCUGCGAAGUUUCCUCUGCCCGGGUCUGAUACCUUCAGUCUUUGGAAUGUCUUGCCCCGAAAGUUUCUUGUUCAUCCUUGAUUUCGUACAAAUGGGCUUCUUGUUGUUGCUUCGGGCAUUCUUCCAACUAGGCCUGGUGCCGUUGGUCUGUGGUGUCACUUGGUUGGGCUCUUCACUGCUGAUCUUGGACCUCAUGCACUUCGAUUCCAGCAUGUCGACCCAAAGUCUCGCUCGCAUUGGCUUGAUUUUGUUUAUGUAUGGCCUGACGUGGUUAGGCCUCUCCAUGUCGGUUCUGGAUCCUGCAACCAUUGCAUCCUCCAUGUUUCUUAGAGGCCUCUUCAGACUCGAUCUCUUGUUGUUGGCAUUUGGAAUCUCUUGGCUCGAGCUUCGUGCAAAUGGGUCUUUCACUGCCAGCAUUUGGUUUGACAAGACCCGUCAACCAUCUUUGCUUUGGACGGUGCACAUUUUGAAUCCGCGGUCCCUGUCAGAUCCCUCUGCAGAACAGGCUUUUUGUUUUCCAUCCCCCGUCCGCAGCUUUGCACACUCUGACUCCUCCCUCUCAUGCUUCAGCCAAGCACGCUACGAUUCGUCAAUGUUGGCCUUGGACUUUCUUCACUUGGGCUCUUCAGUCUCCCUCCAUAGUCUCGCACAACUUGAAUCGAAUCUGUUGGCCUUUGCGAGAACAAAGCUUGGCUUCCCAUUGUUGGUCCUGGAUUCUUUGCAUUUGGACCCUGCCCUCCCAAUAAGGAGCUUUGCAUGCAUGGACUCCGCAAUGUUCACCCUGGAUUUCUUGCACCUGGGCAGUUCCUUCCUAACCAGGAGCCUCGCUAGGUGCAGCGGCCAACCUGGUUCCAACUUGUUACUGUUCUCUGUCUCAAGAAUGGGUUUCUCCUUGCCUGUGCUGGACUUCACGCAUUCAGAUCUCCUCUCGUUUCUACAAUCAUUGGCACGCAUGGGGUCACUGGUUUCUGCUUUCAGUCUGUGUUGCUCUGGCUUCACGAUGCCGGUGUCUGACGCAACGCAUUUGGAAUUGCUGCUGUUGACUCAAAGCAUGGCCCGACUUGACUCGGCUUUGCCGGUCUUGGACCCUAGUCAUUCGGACUUCAUUUUGUUUCUCAGGAGCCUUGCCAGGCUGUCAAUCUACGACGUGGUCCGGACUGGCAGUUGUUUGUCUGUCCGGAGCUACAGCAAAUCAGGCUCCUUCCUAUUGGUUUUGGGAGCGACACGCCCCAGCCUUUUGCUGCCUGCGUUGGACUUUGCCCACAUGGAUUUGUUGCUGUCACUCCAAGGCUUUGCAAGAUUAGACUCCGCCCCAUUGAUCAUGGACUUUUUGCAACUAGGGUUUGCCCUUUCUUUGCAAAGCUGUGCGUGCGCUGAACCAUCCUUUUUUUUCUUCAGCUCUAAGCGACCGGGUUUGAGUUUGCCAGUCUUGGACCUUGUGCAAAUAGGCUUCUCCCCUCCUGUGCGCGGUGCCUUGCGCCUUGGCAGUGCCUUGCUAGUCCUGGAUCCUGUACACUCAAGUUCAGUUAUGUUGGCUCGAGGUUUGGGACGUUUUGGAUUUCUCCUCCCAGUGUUUGGAGGAACCAGACUGGAGCUGCUGAUGUUGAUCUUGGACUUUGGCCAGCCGGGCCUUUUGACUUCCUCGCGCAGCCUUGCACAACUGGGCUCUUCAGUCCCUUCCUUUGGGUUUGCUUGUGCAGACUCUUCACUCUUUGUUUGUGACAUGGCCGUCCCAGGAUUGCUGUUGCUGUUGAGGUCCCUUACACACUUGGGUUCCGCCAUGUCGGCUCUGGACUUUUUGCAUUUGGGACCAGUGUCACCCUUGAGAUCCCCUGCUCGCUUAGGCUUGCCAACGUCCGUGUUUUCGAAGUCAAAUCCCGAGUCUUCACCUUCUCUGCUUGAUGUGACUAUGGUGGACUCAGCCCUACUAAUGAGAUCCUUUGUAUGCCUGGACUUUGUCCCGUUUCUGUUGGAUUUUGCAAACUCUGGACCAACCCCAUUGACACGUGGCCUUUCAUACCCUGGACCUGCUACGCUGAUCUUGGACUUCUUGCACUUGGGAUUGCCCUUGUUUAUGAGGUCACCAGCUCGAUCCGAGUUCUUGGUGUUGCUCUUUUGUGGUCAACGACUGGAGUUGACCUUGUUGAUCUUUGAUUGCCAACAUUUGGGAUCCUUGUUGCCCCUACGAAGCUUUAGUCAACUGGGCUUGCAGCUCUUCUUGUGUGCCAGAGCCAGGUCAUUCGCUCAGCUUGAACUUUCGCUGUCAAUCAUGGACUCUGCAGCCCUGGACUUGACACCCUUUCUGAGGUCAGUUGCAAAAGCAGAUUUCUUGGCGUUUCCCUCCAGUUGUGCCCGAUUUGGCCUAAUGGUGCUAGUCUAUGAUUGUGGAAGUCUCGAUUCCUUGUUGCCUUUGAGAUCCAUGGGUUGCAUUGACAGCGCAACGUUUCUAUUUGGCAUCGGUCGCCUUGACUUGACCUUGUCUGUCUCUGACUGCGCAGCCUUUGGCUCGUCAAUGUCGCUUCGUAGCUCUGCCAAAUCAGAUUUAGUAGUCUCGCUGUUCAGCUGCCUUCGCCUUGGGCUUCUGAUAUCAAUUUUGGACAUGGCAGAAAUGGAUCUGAUGUUGUCGCUGCGAUCCUUUGCGCAUACCGGCUUUACAGUCUCUGUAUCCCGCCAAACGCGAUUUGAGUCUUUGCUGCUAGUUUUGGACUUUUUGCAUCUUGACCCACCAGCACUGAUUCAUGCUGUGACUCAACCUGGUUCCGUCGUGUCAACAUUCAGCUGCUUCAGGUUCGAACUUUCCCUGUUGGUAUUUGAUCAUUUGCGAACGGGUCUUUUGCUGUUGUCGAGAAGUUGCAGUUGCUUGGGGUUCUCUUUCUUGAUCUUCGGAAUUUCUUGUUUAAGCUUCCCUUUGCUGGUCUACGACAUCUCAACUUUGGGCUUUUCCCUGUUGGUGCGCAGUCCAAUUCAUCCUGAAUCCCCUCUGCUGAUUUCUAGCGCUUCGGAAUUUGACUCCCUGCUGUUUCUUCUCGACCUCGCGCUCUUCGAAUCACUUCCUUCAUCGCGCAGUGCGGCCCAACUUGGCUCAUUGCCGUCUCUCUUCUCCAGGACCAGCUUGGACUUCGCGAUGUUAGUGCUGGAUCCUUCGCACCUGGGGUUUCUGAUGUCUCUUCAAAGCUUUGGUCAACUGGAGUCAAUGAUGCUGGUCUCUGCAACCGUAUGUCCAGACUCACCGCUGCUUGUGCUUGAUCAUGCUUAUCCAGACCUAUUGUCGCUUGUCCGAAGUUACGCACAACUGGGCUUGGCGCUUCCUGCCCUGGACUGCAGUGCCCUAGAUUUACCACUAUCUCUGCACAGCUAUGCUUGCUUGGGCGCAGCAUCCCCAGUCUUCUCAGUGACAAAUCCCGACUUUUUGUUUCCAGUCUUCGACCUUGCCACGAUGGGUUUGCCAAUGUUUCUGCAAAGCAUGGGAUGUCUUGAGUUGGUCAUGUUGCUGUUCAGCUUUGCUCGCUUCGACCUUUUGGUGCCAGCUUUGGACUGCAUUUCUCUGAGUUUAUCAUCGUCUCUGCGAAGUUGGGCGCGAUUGGACUCAAGUUUGCUGAUCUUUGGCAAAGCUAGUUCUGGCUUCUUCUUUCUGAUCUUAGAUACAAACUGCCUGGGAUUGUUUCCUUUGUCGCAAAGCAUAGGUUGA